AUGACUUUACUUUUGAUUCAACUUCCAGAAAAUGUUCUUGUACAAAUAAUGGAAGAACUAGAUUUUCGCUCUUUGGUCUCCCUUCGAAAAGUUUGCCACGACCUCUGUAACUUUAUUGAUGACGUCAUUCCCUCAUCUGGCAUAUCCGAAAUCUAUGUCAGAAUCAACACAAAAAAGAUAUCUCUAAGAUUUAUGGAUGACAAUAUCGAUUUUCUUGAUAAAUCGAUUCAAAUCAAUUAUCACAAUCAUAAGAAAGGAUGCUCAACGGUGAAAAAUUCAAGUGGUGGGAAAAAGAAAAAACGAGUUGGAUUGGAAGAUUUCGUUAUUUUCUUCUGGCAAGACCUCGAGACAGUUUUGAAGCAUCAGAAAUCGAUUUUGAAGAAUUUCAGUCUGGUUUUGGAGCAUUAUGAGGAGAAGAUGUUGGAGAAAAAAGAUCAGAUUUUGACAGAAUUUUCCAAAGAAAUCAUGGAAAAAAUCAAGGAGAACUUGACAUCUAGAAUAGUUCCCUUGAAAGUCAAAGAAAUCGAUUUUGGGAUAAUAGAUCAAAUGGAGAUGUUGCAAAUCCUUCCAUUCAUAGACUCCAAAACUGUGGAAAAAAUCUCAAUUGGAAAUUCGAAAGGAAUGGGACCUCAAAAUAUAAAAAUCGAUGACAUCACAAAGUUGAAGCAGUGGAAAUCAGCAAGCGAAAUCAAAAUCAAUCACGAUUUUUAUAUUUCAGAGUCAAUUUCAAGUUUUGCACAUUUCCAAAAAGUGGAAAUUCAUAUGAAAAUGAUAGGUUCAGAUGCAGUUCGAGUUUUGAGACAAACUUUUCAAAGUUCUCCAAACAUGGAUCAUUUCGAAAUUUACUACGAUCCAUCAAGGGAAAGGCAAGACUUGAGAACACUAUUUGGCCAUCGGUUCGAUGGAAGUUACGAAGAUGAAAAUGGAGGAGCGAGGUGGAUUUUCAAGAUUCGUGGAGACCCAAAAAAUGUGAUAUCGAUUCAAACCAAUAUGCAUUCUUGGUUGUGUAUAACUAGAGUUCAAUUGGCCGAUAUUCCGAAUCUACGACUUCAUUGA